CCGAGUUUCCCCAAUUAAAUAGUUUUUGCUAAAUUUUAAUAUUUGCCAAUGGACAACAGACCAGAAUGGGAAGCUGCACAAAAAGCUUUAGAAGCUAUAAAGACCAAACCCAAACCUGUUCAACCAACCUACAAUUAUACAGAUGGGAAGUCAGCCAGUUCCUUCCCAUUAAAUAUCUAUCAAUCACCUUAUGGCAUUCCAGGAAUAAUGUACCCAGGAGUUAAUCCAUAUGGAGGGGCUUCUGUUUAUAAUCCUUAUUAUCCUUACACAAACAUGAUGUACCCUUAUGGUGGCAUUAAAAGGAAUGAGGUCAAGCCACCAUCAUUAUAUAAUGAUUCUAAAGGAAAAGCUGCAACGUUUUUGCCUGAAACACCUCUGAAUGAUCUUAAUCAAGAUGACUUACAAAACAAGGAUUCAGGAUCAAAUAUAAAAAAAUUUAAUGUUAAGAUGCUUAAGGCAUCAGUAAAAUAUAAUAGCUCUCUAAAUAAAAAUUUUAUAGAUGAAGAAAAAGAAAAGACUACCCUUAAUGAAGAAUCAAUUAAUACAUCAUCCAACAUAAACAUGGCUUCUAAUUUACAAACUACAAAAGACACCAAAAAUGAUUCAAAUAAUUAUCCUCCUUCAUUAAGAGAAUAUGUCAACAAAUGCUUAACUACAUUGAAAGGUCAGGAAGAGCUUAGUAGAGUUAAAGAUAUUAUUGCUAAAGCAUUUCAGGAUGGAUCAGUUUGGACAAAAGAUUGGAAUCAAGAGCCCCUGCCUUCAAAGCUAAACAAUCCUCGCACCUCUGACUCUCCUAACCUUCUUGGGCCUUCUAACCCUGCAUUUGCCGAUGAUGCUCAAAUAGGGGCAACUCUUACCGUUAAAAAGGCACUUUAUUUGCCCCCCAAGGGUGAAAGGCUUCCUUCCCAUUAUGCUGAAGAACGGAGGCAACGUGAUGACUACUACUUUUACGAUGACAGGCGACGGGGCGGAGGAGGACGUCGCAAAGGUGGAGCGAGUCAUGACAGGAGUAAGGGAAUCCGGGGUAUUAAAGCAGGGAAAGGGAGAAGGGAUGGCCCUAAGCCAUUUCUCUCCACCACCCCAGUUUUCAAGACAACAGGCGAAAGACGAGCAGGAUCGACCACUUCUACCGUGUCAUCUGGUUCACCAUCCUCGCAUUCUAGGAGUCAGUCCAAAACUUCUGGCUCAAAAUCGUCUCGUUCCAGAUCACGAUCAUUCGACGCAGAUUCUCGUUCCCCUUCAUAUUCCUCCUCUAAUGCUAGUGCCAAAUCUGUUGAAGGAAAAAAUCGGAAGGGAAGAAGAAGAAGCUCUAGUGUGAGAUCCAAGCGAAUGAAAAUUAACAAGACAAGUGGAGAGAGCCGUAUCUCAAAAGGAAGAGGCUUUGGCAACAAUCGUCGUCGACGUCAAAAUGAUCUUGACGAUUCAUUCAAUAAAUAUAAUUCCGUUCAGAAGGGACGGUAUUUCAGUCAAAAUGUAGAAAACGAUAAAUCCAGUUACAAUGGACAGUUCAAGAUCCGCAUACAAAAUGACAAUAACGAAAUUAAUGGACAAAAUAGAAUGGUAUCUAAUAAUUUUUCCAAUGAUAACAAAACCCAAUUUAUUGAACCUGAGAUUAUUACCACUGGUAUUCAAUCGAAAAAAAAUAGGAAAGGCAGAAACAAGAAGGUAGCUAAUGGUUUUGCUAUGCAAGAGGCAUUCAAAGUGAAUCAAGGUGACGUCGUUUCCAAUAAAGAACUACUGGAAAAGAGGCAAAAUCGUUUUAAAUUAAACGAGGAACAAGAAUCGAUGGGUAGACGUGUUAACAAGUUCGACGCUAUUAAUAACGACGCUUUCAUCGCCAGAUUCGGAGUAAUGGGAAUACAAUUCAAUGAGAAUAGUUUUGAUACUACAGAUAAUAUUUCUAUUGAUUGGACCAAAAUUCACGUGGUUGGUACAUCGACAAAUUUGGAAAGACCUUACCUUAGAUUAACAUCCGCCCCAGAUCCAGAAAUUAUUAGACCUGCCAGUAUCCUUUACAAAUCCCUGUUAUUAGUUCAAAGCAAAUGGUGUUCUGAACAUAAUUAUCAUUACGCCUGUGAACAGCUCAAAUCUAUAAGACAGGAUUUGAUGGUGCAAAACAUAAGAGAUUCUUUAUCAGUAGCAGUUUAUGAAACUCAUUGCCGUAUAGCAUUAGAAAUGGCCGAUAGGGAAGAAUUUAAUCAAUGCCAAACCCAACUACAGGCAUUAUAUGAAGAAGGACAAACGUCCAAAUUUAAAGAAGAAUUUAUUGCCUACCAGAUAAUAUAUCACAUGUUUACAAAUAGUGCUAUAGAUCUCAACAUAACCCUGGGCACUAUAUCUCCCGAUAUCCUCCAAAAUCCUAUGAUUCAAUUUGUUAUACAUUUGCAUUCUGCUUGGAGCAUAGGUAAUUAUCACAGGUUUUUUAGGUUGUACUCCAAAAAGGCGCUGAGAAUGUCGGCCUAUUUAAUAGAUUGGUUUAUCAUCCGUGAACGUAAAUUGGCACUUGAAAAAAUGAUCAGAGCAUAUAAACAAUCAAAAUUAUCUAUAUCAUUUUUGGUUAAUGAGUUGGCCUUCACGGAUAACGAGAGUUGUAAAGAGUUUAUCAAAUCCCUGAAUUUUAAGUUAACCCCCUUGGACGAAGCUGAAGAUACUUUUGAUUGCAAAUUAAACAAUAGCCACCUUAAAAAUUAGAUUUGUGUGGUUUAGAAGAUAUUUUAUUAAAUCUUUAAAAUUUGACUUCGAAAGAAAAUAUAUUAAGCCUACUUAAAAUUAUAUCUUAAAAGAACAUAAUUUACAUCAAUGAAUUAUUAUUAACUACAAAUUUUUUUACAUACUAUAUAAAAUAUUGCUUACAUUUUAUGGAACGCUUACACAAUACAGGACUUCAAGCAUAGACAAAAUCUAUUAAUCUUGUUUAAAAUAUAAAUAAUGUAAUUAAUUUUAACGAAUCGCACAUCAUUCAUUCACUACAUGCUCAAAAAUAAUAUUCGAACAAAUGAUGCCUCCUACCAAUACCGAGACGCCAAUAGUAUAAAGAUAUAACCUUUACAUGUGAAUUAUGACAACGAUAUCUCUUUUAGACUGUUAAAGAAAUUUAUGUAUAAACCUUUUAGAUCGGCUUGUGGUUUUUGAUAUUUGCCAUUAGAAAAACGUGGAAGUGCAUUUAUAUUGUAAGAUUUGCCUAUUUUAUUUUGCCGAAUAUGAAAUAUUCUCAUUUAAAAAUCAAUAUAUUUAUACGAAAA